UGGAAUGAUUUUGUGUAGACAACGUAGAAGAGUGCAAUCAGUGCGACAUACAGUUCAUAAGAGACAGAUACUGUGCGAUUGAAAACUGUAUCGUGAUUGUACUGGGAAUGGAUAAUGGUCGUUUGAGCGCAGAUCAAACGGUGCAAAGUGAAUUGAUGUAAUGUAGUGUUUAAAAACCAAACGGAGCAUUUCGUGACGAAGCAUGUAGCCUACGGUAGUUUACAUUUUUGUGUACUCUUUGGUUAUACAAGGUUAAAGCAGCAAUCCUAUGGAAAUAUAGCCAAUCCUCACCAUCGUUGUUGGAUAAGUGGGCAUCCUAAACCUUUAAAUCCUGUCCUUCUCAUAAGAAAAGAUGGGGAAUGGAUUAUCAGAACAGCACAAUUUCUUUUCAAGCAUCCCAUUCUUUCAGUCUUUCCACAUUGCCAUCCUGGGCCUGGACUCUGCAGGGAAGACAACUGUUCUUUACAGACUGCAGUUCAAUGAGUUUGUUAACACUGUGCCCACCAAGGGCUUCAAUGCUGAGAAGGUGAGGGUGUCCCUCGGAGGUCACGGGACUGUAACCUUCCACUUCUGGGAUGUAGGUGGGCAGGAGAAGUUACGUCCACUCUGGAAGUCAUACACUCGCUGCACUGAUGGUAUUAUAUUUGUGGUGGACUCUGUGGACACAGAACGUAUGGAGGAGGCCAAGACUGAGCUGCAUAAGAUUGCUAAGUCGUCAGAGAACCAGGGAGUGCCACUACUGGUGGUUGCGAACAAGCAGGACCUGAGAAAUUCCAUGGGGCUGGCUGAGAUUGAGAAGGCUCUUGCGCUGAAGGAACUGGGUCCAGCAAACCCGUGGCAUCUCCAGCCCACCUGUGCCAUUAUAGGAGAUGGGCUCAAGGAAGGCCUAGAGAGACUCCAUGAUAUGAUUGUCAAAAGGAGAAAGAUGCUCAGACAACAAAUGAAGAGAUGAUGGAAGAAGAGGGAGAUGGACUUUUAAAGUUUACAUGUGAAAUAUUUUGGAGGGUUAUUUUGCACCUGAGUGGGCACAGGCAUUCCACUGCAGUUUAAGAAUCUGCACACUGAGUUUUAUCAGUCAGAUGUUAAGCUUUAGGUUUCUACUGUAUUGCCCGUUGGAAAGAGAAACAUGAAAUGUCUAAUUUUAGCUGUAGUUUCCACAAACCUUAUAACUGUUUAACAGGAAACACUGGGAAGUUCACAUGUGGAGUGGUGUGUGGAUGUAAGGAUUCAGCAGUUUUUCUACAAAGAAAUAGGUUUUAGGGGUGAGAAUAUAUUUUUGUGUUAUUAUGAAGGAAUUAUGAAUAUAGAGUUAUGUAGGAAAGAUUUAACUUGUGGUAAGUCUAAAUAACAAAACAGUAUUCUAACAGUAGAGCAAGUAAACGUACUCUGGAUUGAAAGAACAUAAUUGACUUUCUGAAAGUGAACUUUGACUCUGGGAAAGAGUAAAAUACAAUAGUAUUUGUAGUUUUGUCUUUUUGACUAAGUUUAUUUUCAUCUUUACUGUCUCAAAAGUGAAGUACUAUUCUGUAUCAUACACGUCUGUGUUAAACACACUUUUAUAUUUUACCUCAUGAUUGGUUUACAGCCUCAAUGUUUCCCAAUAUGGCUUACUGUCUGAUUUAAAACUGUAGUAGCUUAAAAAUACACCACCCAUUAGGUUCUACAGUAUGGCAGUGUCUGUAUGGCUAUUGGACUGAAUGUUUUCUGUUUUAAUGUUUAAUAAAGUAUCAUAACCGCAA